AUGUCUGGGUGGAGGUGCCUCAUCUCUGUCAGCUUUUUACUGACCAUUCUCCUUGAACUGACAUACCAGGGACCUCCUGCCCCAACCUCAUCAAGCACAAAGCUGUUGAUGAUGAGUUAUUCCAUGCGUUCAACUGUGGUUUUCCACUGUGCUCACACCUUGGUCGCUUCUGUCCUGUUAAAUCCACAUGCCGAGGCCCAUGAAGCCAUCUUUGAUUUGGAUCUGCCUCACCUCGCCUUUAUCUCCAAUUUUACUAUGACCAUCAACAAUACAGUCUACAUUGCAGAAGUCAAAGAGAAGCACCAGGCAAAGAAAAUCUAUGAGGAAGUCCAUCAGCAGGGAAAGACAGCUGCUCAUGUGGGCAUUAGGGACAGGGAAUCUGAGAAGUUCCGCAUCUCUACCAACCUGGCGGCAGGCACAGAGGGACCUUUUACCUUGGCCUAUGAGAAGCUGCUGCAGGGGCACCAGGGCUAGUACCAGCUGAUGGUAAGCCUGAGGUCUGGCCAAUUGGUGACAAGGCUGAGUGUAGAGAUCACAGUGUCAGAAAGGACAGGCAUUGGAUAUGUUCAAGUACCACCUCUGAGGACCAGCCGCCUGUGCACCAACACGCAUACAAGUGAGGGUGACUCGCCCCCAUCUUCCAGAAUUGAGAGGGGAGAGACCUGUGUCCGAAUCACCUUCUGCCCGAUGCUGCAAGACCAGUCUGCCUUCUCCAGCUCAGGCAUCAUGGCCGACUUUGUGGUCCAGUACGAUGUAGUCAUGGAGGACAUCAUUGGCGAUGUGCAGAUUUACGAUGGCUAUUUUGUUCAUUACUUUGCCCCCAGAGGCCUCCCACCUGUUGAGAAAAGCGCGGUGUUCAUUAUUGAUGUGAGCAGCUCCAUGUUUGGCACCAAGAUGAAGCAGACUAAAAAGGCCAUGAAUGUGAUCCUUGGUGACCUGCGGGCCAACGACUACUUCAACAUCAUCUCCUUUUCUGACACAGUUAGUGUCUGGAGAGCUGGAGGCUCCAUACAGGCCACCGCCCAGAAUGUCCACAGUGCCAAGAACUAUCUGGGCCACAUGGAAGCUGAUGGUUGGACCGACAUCAACGCAGCUCUGCUGGCAGCUGCUUCAGUGCUGAACCAUAGCAACCAGGAGCCUGAGAGGGGCUCUAGUGUGGGGAGGAUCCCUCUCAUUAUCUUCCUGACAGAUGGGGAGCCCACAGCUGGCAUGACAACUCCCAGUGUGAUCCUCUCAAAUGUCCAUCAGGCACUGGGCAACAGUGGAUCCCUUUUCAGCCUGGUCUUUGGGGAUGAUGCUGGCUUCCCACUGCUCUGUCACCUGUCCUUGGAGAACCAGAGAGCAGCCCAACUCACAUAUGAGGACACUGAUGCAGCCCUACACCUGGAUGGUCUCUAUGAGGAGAUCUCCAUGCCUAUGCUGGCGGAUGUGCAUCUGGACUACCUGGGUGGCUUGGUUGGAGCCUCCCCUCGGGCCCUUUUCACCAACUACUUUGGUGGCUCAGAGCUGGUGGUGGCGGGCCUGGUGCAGCCAGGUGAGCAGGAACUGGGCAUCCACCUGGCAGCCUAUGGCCCCAAGGGUCAGCUUCUCGUGGCCCACCACAGUGAGGUGGCCACCAACAGCAGCCAGAAGGCCUUUGGUUGCCCAGAUGAGCCAGCUCCCGGUAUAGCCCACUUCAUCUGCUGCCUCUGGGCCUAUGUCACCAUUGGAGAACUGCUGGAGGCACGCUUCCAAUCCUGUGACACCACCACUCGCCAUUUGUUGGCUGCCAAAAUCCUCAACCUGUCCCUUGAAUACAACUUUAUCACACCUCUGACAUCACUGGUCAUGACACAGCCCAAGGAGGCCAGUGAAGAGUGUAGGAGACAGACUUCUACCACAAUUGCACCAGGUACCAUCAUGACCUCAUCCACCAACAGACAUGGCCUAGGGACAGGCACAGCCCAGCCAGGUUUGGUGCCCAAGGUCUCUCUCAAAUCAAAGCUUGUGAAACCAAAUUUCUACUUAUCUUCAACCGCUCCUGCCUCUACAAAGAAGAUGGCCAGUUCCAAGGAGUUGGAGCCAAUGGGUCAGAGCCCUAGUACUCUAUCUACCCCAUCACAUCCAAGGCCUAAAAUUUCAGCACAACACAAUUAUGGCACCUUGGCUCAGCCAAUUCUCAGGACAAAACCUGCUGCCCCCGUGCCCUCAAAUUCAGAACCCCUAUUGCUUCUGAAGCCCAGCACUCCAACACAUCAGAAUCUUGAAAUCCUAUUAACCAUGAAUUCCAAGACACAAUCCCCACCUUUGAAUCUUGGCACCCCAGCCCAGCCCAAAGCUGGCACUAUGAAACAUGUCACUCCACUGCAUUAACCUGGUGCUCCAUCACAACCUAAAAUGGAUGCCCCAUCAUAUCUCUAGCCUGGGGUACUCACAUCACAGUCACCCAAAAAUCUGCCAUGGCUCAGUCCUGGGACUUCCAUCCCCAAACAUCCACACACCAGACCAAGGGUUCCCACUCCCAAGACUCCAAACAACCUGUUACACCCUAGACCUACGAUCCUCUUGCCCAAGGCCCUCAAAGCCAUCACCCCUAAACCUAGUGUCCCACCUCGCCAAACUUUCCCAAGCUUAUCACUUUCCAAACCUAGGACCUUAAUCCCCAAUAAACCCAACUUCCCAUUAUCCUCCAGACCUGCCAGACCCGGGCCCCCACCUCCUCAGAGCCUAAGCAUAUUCCCAAGCACAAUCUCAAAUCCUACAAUUCCCAGAAGUAACAUGAUUACCUCUGUCCUUGGAGAACCCCUCCCUACUCCCUUUCAUCCUACUUUGCCCUCUCUGCUGCCCCCUGGAAAGCUCUGGCAUCAGCAUGACCUGCUGCCAGGGCCCCAAAGCACAAGGCAAAUUCUGGGGCCAUCUGUGUCAGGAGUCCCAACAAUGGAUCCACCCAACAGCUCCAGGCCUAUAUCAGAAAACAGCCCUCUGAACCCGCCAGUCUUGCUGCCUUCCAGCACCCUCCCUGAAGCAGUCAGCCUGCUCCUUCUCCCUGAGGAACUAGAACUGCUGCCUGAGUCAAUAGUGGAGUCCAAGUUUGUGGAGUCCUUGAACCCACCAGCUUUCUAUACGUAUUUCCUCACUCCUGAUGAAGAUGGAAAUCCACAUUGGGAAAGCAAUUCUGAAGAGAUCCUGGGAGGAGCUGGAGGCAGCAUGGACUCUCAGGGAAGUUCUGUGCGUCCAGAAAAAGGCAUGUUGCCAAGCAUCUUCACUUUCUCAUCCUCAGUGGAUGGAGAUCCCCACUUUGUGAUCCAUGUCCCAUGCUCAAAAGAGAGGAUCCGCUUCACACUUGAUGGGUGCCCAGGGGACCUGCUACAGCUCAUAGAUGACCCAAAGGCAGGGCUGCAUGUGCAUGGACAGCUGCUUGGGGCACCACCAAGGCCAGGCCAUGAGGACCAGAUUCGCACCUACUUCCAGAUCGUCACAGUCACCACAGACAAACCCACCUACACUAUCAAUAUCACCCACAGUUCCAUUUAUGUGCGAGGCGAGAGUACCUUGCUUCUCUCCUGGGACCAAUCUACUUUGCUGAGGAAGUCCCAGAUAGAGCUCCAUGUGGCUGCUGCAGCCCACCUCACCUUCCGCCUUGGGCCCCAUCUCGAGUUCUUAGUCCUUCAGCACUGCAGCAGGCACUCUAGCACCCUGCAACUACCACACUUGGGGUUUUAUGUGGUCAAUGGCUCAGGCCUCAGUCCCUUGACUCAUGGCCUGCUGGGACAGUUCCAGCAUGCAGACAUUCAACUGGUAGCAAGGUCUACAGGGCCAUGCCUACGGAGGCACCAAGGCCCAGAUAUACCUGUAGUUCUAGGAAAGAAGCUGCUGAAGGAUUCACCAAGGCUGCUGCCCCGCUGGGCUUCCUGCUGGCUGGUGAAGUGCUCUCAUGUACAGCAGCUACUGCGCCACCCAUACCUUGCCUAUGUCCUCUGA